AUGGAUGUCAAAGAGGCCCUUCGAUUGAUCUGCAAGGUGCCUUUAAGCUAUUCAAAAUUCUUUGGACAGCGUCUGUUGGCAACGGCAGAGGUGGCCGCCAUCAGGCUACGCCGACCGGUGCUGUGCGCCCAGAAGAAUUUCGUCGCGGCGCUGCAGUUGCCAUGGACGAAACUAGCUAACAGGACUGUCCACGGUGGACCACUGGCCUCGGUAACGGGCCCCCGCAGAGACGAGCAAGUCCCAAAUCCAACCACGCACACCUUAUCACCUGUCUUGGAGGCCGGGCCGUCUAGAGAUUGA